UAGAAUUAAUAGGAUUUUGAAAACAAACAGAACCCAAAACCCCCAAUUAACUAAAUCUAGAUUUCAGUAAUUCUGGAACCCAACAGCAUCAUACUGUGAUCCGAUCAUCAAUCAUGCAUGUGUAAUCCGAUCAACGCAUACGCGAUGCAGAGUUGUUAGCGUCAAUUUGGAUAAAAAAUGUCACAAAAUGAUGCUGCAAUUGCCUCAAAUAUUCAAGUGAGCGAAUUGUAUUGGUCGCUCGUAGCUAAAGCCGAUAAAAAGUUCUCCAAACUUAGGGAUUUGCCGUAUUACGAGCAUCACAGGUAUGAUACAUACUUCUACAAGGUAUUCAAAGUUUAUACACAAUUAUGGAAAUUUCAACAAGAAAAUCGGCAGAAGCUGGUGGAAGCAGGUCUUAAAAGAUGGGAAAUUGGUGAUAUUGCAUCCCGAAUUGGUCAACUUUAUUUCGGUCAAUAUAUGAGAACAAGUCAAGCCAGUUAUUUAUCGGAGGCUUAUAUCUUCUACGAAGCAGUGCUAACACGCGAGUAUUUCAAAGAUGGAAUAUUCCAGGAUCUUAACCUUGCCAACAAACAACUUAGGUUCCUUGCUAGAUUUUUGACUGUGUGCCUCGUAUUAAAUCGACGAGAAAUGGUUCGUCAGUUGGUAAAUCAGCUCAAAAUGUUGGUUGCUGAGUCCAAGAGAGCCUUCCCGGAAAACGACUUCAAGGAAUGGAAGCGGGUGAUCCGGGAUUUGACUAAAUUUCUUAAAGUUGACACAGCUUUUAUGAACAUUUGGCCUUUAAGAUACAGCGUUGUUUUGGAUCUUGAUCCAGACUGUCUACCCCGUGUUGCUUGCAUCAAAAGAAACCUAAAACUGAGAGGUGCAAUACUUUGCAGCUACCAUCCUAACGAGGUUAAGUUCUCAGAGCUGACCACUGAUAAUUUUAGAAUGCUUCAGUGUUUAGAGUGGGAACCCAGUGGCUCAUUUUACCAAUCAAGUGAAAUCCCUUCUGCGGGGUCCACUCGUAUUAAUCACUAUUCUCACGAGAUCACUGAUCAUACAUUGCCACAAAAUCCCCGCAAGGCACUCCUGUAUCAUCCGUCAACCACACACUUGAUUGCUGUUCUGGCCACCAUGUGUGAGGAGCUCCCUGUUGACGGGAUUCUAUUGAUAUACAUAUCUGCUUCAGGAAGUGGAGUGCACACUUCAAUAUCUCCAUCUCAUAUAGGAAAUGUGGGUGAUACAGAAAACGUUAGUGAUACGAUUCGAUCAGAUACCGUCACUACUCUGCCAUCUUGCUCUGCAUGUGAUACUUUAACAUCUUCAUUAGAUUAUUCCGGAGGCUUGAAUCUCGGUCCCGGUGCAAAUGGAGGGUUUAAUACGAUUGAUCCAAGUGACUUGCUUCCAUUUACAAGAAGACCUCUUUUUCUUAUCAUAGAUAGUGACAACAGUAAAGCUUUUCAGGCGAUAAACCGGGCAGAAAAAGGAGAACCGGUUGCAAUUCUCCUAUCUCCGGCCUUAUCAUUCCCGCUACAUGGUGCAAUCGAUCCUCCUUUGCCAGGUGGCAGCCAGUUCACCAGUUUUCUCACUGUACCGUUACAGGCCUUUGUAAUCCUACUUGGCUUUUCAGGCUCUGACAUCCAAACGGAGAAUCUCAACAAAGCACAAAAGAUUCUUUCAUCGUCUUUAAACAAGUGGGGAGAGACGUUGGCGUCUGCCGACACAAUUCAUCCUGUUUGGGCACAAGUUUUAGGCGAUCCAUUUCUUAGACGCCUGCUUUUACGGUUUAUAUUCUGUCGCGCGGUUUUUGCACUAUAUGCUCCUACUUCAGGCAAGAAAGAAUAUCUUCCAGAAUGCUCACCUUCUCUCCCUGAUGCUUUCUUGCCAACAACGCCCUCAUCGAUUGCAACAGUUCUACAAAUAGCCGAUAUUUUUGGUGCUGCAACUAUGUUCAACAUCAGAGAAAGAAUCGUACUUCCUGAUGAACAGUUCUCUUCUCCAUAAAACUUUUUAUAAGCUGAAAAUACUGUAAAAUUUGUAAGAUUUUGAGUGGCUAUAUUUGUUUGUUUAUUAAUAGUAUCCUUGAACUGCCAUCUGUAUUUCGAUACUACAAAUUUUCGUGUUUAGAUCAGUUUGAAGCGCGUUUUACACGUGACGACAGUGUGACUAAUUAUGAGAAUUUAUAAAAUAGUCGUUGAUUGUUUUAUAA